AUGGAAACCACCUUAAGUGUAUCUGAUGAAAAACUCACCAACUCAUCAACUGCGUCUAAUAAAUUUGAUGAUAGUAAAGAACAAUCUCAGAUUUUUACUACGGCAAACACCACAACCGAUAGUCAGCAAAUACAACCAAACUCACAACACCAACAACCUGCUGUAACAACAAAGCCAUUAUCAAAAGAAGCAACCCAUAUUCUGUUAGAGAAUGACCUUAUUUUAGUGGAUCCAACUCAACCACCAAAGAAUACUGGCUCAGAGUCAGUGAAGGAUACGACGGGCGAUCGUUCAGACCAUGGCAAACAGCAGGCUAUUGGCGACCAAAUUAAAGUUCUCGUAUCUUCAAAUCCAUUAAAUAUUGAGGAAUACUCUGGCCAUUUAAACCGAUUGGCUACUAUUUUAUAUGAAGAGAAGUUCACGUCUGAUUUCUUGGUCACUUUGCAUUAUAAAUUACUUCAGUUGAUGGACGAAUUGCCCAAAUUUGUUGAUUUGCAAAAUCCUUUAAAAUCACAACUAUAUACAAUUAUAGAUAAGAAUUUUGAUAUAUUAAUCAAGUUGGCCACAAACUAUAAUGUAAUGGAAAUUUCAACUGCAUCAAUUCGGUUUUUGACUACGGUGUUUAUGAACUUGAAUUACUGGGAGGUUUAUAAUUUGUUAAACAAAAAACCAGUUUUGUAUCAUUUUUUGAAUUUGAUUGAAUUUGAUUUGAAUGAAUGUUACACUCGAUUCAUCAAUGAUUAUCAACGAUUCACCUACGAAAAGAUAACUCAACCAACAGUUAAAUCCAGGAAUAAAUCCAAAGCCACCAAGAAAAGAAAAUUGAAAGGUGACUCCGAUUUUGCGGGAUCAAACACUGCUACAGCCACAACAAGUGUGACGACACCUGAUGCCAACGGGCCUCAUGGAGAAAAGCAACAACGUUCGGAGGCAUUUUUCUCUCUAAACCCAGAUACAUCUGACCAUGAUAAAUAUGUCGCUGACGUGAUAUCUGGUGCAAAUGUACAAAAAAGAAAGUUUAGACCGGAUGUUAAAUUGGAACACCAUAGGAUUAUUAAGAAGCCACAACCAGCAGCCGAUAAAUCGUCGACAAAAUCAUCAAACUAUGAUCCUGAUGUGAUUCAUGAGUGUCAGUUACCAUCUGCAGAAGAACCCCAUAAAUUAUGUUUGAGAAGAUUUUCAAGAAAAUACGAGUUGAUUAGACAUCAAGAAACUGUUCAUUCAAAAAAGAAAAAAUUGUUCAAAUGUUUUGUAUGUGUGAAACAGAAUCCAGGUGUUGGACCAAGAAUUUUCACUCGUCAUGAUACAUUGGCUAAACACAUUAGGGUGAAUCACAAAAUAUCUGGGAAGGAAGCUAAAGCAGAAGUUGCAUACUCUAAGAAACAUGCAGAAGUAGUUGAAGAAGGCGAUAUCACUGUUCAUGUUGGUAGAAGGAAAACGAAAGUCGAUUUCGAAUUACGAGCCCAUAUGGAAAAGAGAAAAUCAAGUGGCGAUGAUACAAACUAUAUGGAAACCAGUGACCUAGAGUCUGGAGAGGAAGAAGUAACUUUCAAUAAGUAG